AAUCGGUACUGCUGACUGUCGCAAGGAACGAGGGUACGGUCGAUCUGAAAAUACGCAUUGGCAGGGUGCUUGUGAAAAAGAGAGAAAGAGAAAAAAGGUACAACGGGAUAAAAGAAAAAGAUGAAGAAGAAAGGAGACAUUUGCAGGAUGUAACAGAUUCGCUAGAUCAACGUUAAAGAGAAAGAAAAGGAACGAGAGAGAAGAAAGAAAAAGAUAAAAAAAAAAAAAAAAAGAAACGAAGAAAAUUACGACGUUCGAAGAUUUCUUACGAAUUACUUGUAAUAUUAUCAACGAAGAAGCGAUGCGGUUGCAUUCCACGGUCUUUCUUGUUCUACGAUAAUCAUUGAAAGCAGAGUUGCAAGUUGGCCUCGAAAGUGACCGCGGGACAACAUAGAGAGAAAGGGGAGGAGAGAGAAAGAAAGAGAGAGACGGGUCGUUGCCGUGUUAGGAAUUUGGCACGACGCAUUCUUCGAGUCCAGGGCCUCGCAAAAAGUGGCGGUGCAAAGAAAAUGCGGAGGAAGCCUUACCGGCUUGUCCUGAAUCCUCAGCCGAUAGAGAGAAAUAAAAUGCGAAGCGAGGUGAGCGAAUGGCUGGCAACGUGUGUGGGUUCGCCGAUAUGUAUUCUCCUACUCUCUUGGUCCUUACUGAUCUAUCAAAAUCAGCCAUCCUCGACAAAGAGAAGGAUAGACGUACUCACUGUGGCAAUUCUUGCAGAAAGUCUUGUAAAUCAGCUGGGAUUAUUGUUUUACGCUGUCCUUACCUUAAUUCGACCAGCCAAUCAUUUCGGAGAAUUAUGUUCAACGUUAGUAUGGAUCUUGAACUCAUCGAGCAUUCUUCAAGAAUUGACCUUAACGUCUAUCGCCAUUUUCGCAGCAAUAGGGAGCAGGGAUGAAGGCUUCAAUUUGACGAAAAAUCAUUUGAAGUAUCACCUAGUCAGUUUAAGCAUGAUAAGUGCUUGCGUAGGUAUAACAGGUGUUCUCAACUUCGAGCCGGAUAUUUGCGUAUUUUUACCGCAAGAAAUUUCUACGAAGUAUGGAAUAUUCGUCAAUUCUCUCAGAUGUUUGCUAUUAUUUGCCUCGCUAGUCGGUCUAACGAUCGCUAUAUUUAAAAGUCUAUGCCGUGCGCCAAAAGCGGAAUUGUUAAAGUCCGUCUCGGAUUUGUCCGAGACCAGUUCGAAAAAUUCAUCGGGAGCGUUUGAGUGUCAUCCUCAUCAAUGGGAUCCUUCGAGUGGAUCGUGUACCAGUGGUUCAACCAAUAGUAGAGCAUGUCUACGUAAGAAAAAAAUUCACAUCGAUGAAAGUGGGGAAAGAUCAACUGUUUACAGCAUCCUCUUUGUUUGUUACAUCUUCGAACAUCUACCAGUUCUGAUUGUUUCCAUCAAACCGAGUCUUCUAAGGAAUUUUUGUACCGUUCAAAAUUUAGCGAUGUGGUUACCGCUCGUUAAGGAUACUCUUUUACCCGUUUUUUUGGCAAUCUUUGAUAAAAUGUUUUGUCGUUAUGUCGCCAAAGUUUAUACGAAGCAAGAUCAUGCGAGGAGACUCUCACACGGCGGCGUCGACGGCAAGUUUCGACAUUUCGAACAAGACGCAGAAUAUAAAUUACAAUUGAACCUAAAUCAUGGCUUGAAAUUUCCUUUGACCAACGGAAGUCUUUAUGGGAGAUUGCACAAUCAUCAAAAUAGAGGCAAAACAGGGACGAUAACUAUGGGUAUACAACAUUAUCCAAGAUCUCAAUCUGUCAACGAGGACAGUAACUACGCCUCGUUACCUGCGGAAUUAUCAUCGUUCACGAGUUCGACCUUCGAACCUCGUCAAGAAGUAAGACAUAACGAAUCACCGAAAAAAAAUCCGAUCGACGAUCGAGCCGAUCGUUCAUGUAGGAUCAACGAAAACUUUACCGAAUUAGCUGGAAAUCGUAGAAAGAUCGGAAGUACCGAUGUUUUCGGUCAGAACAUGGAAAAUUUGGUACAAAUCGAGGAUACAAAUUCGAAACGAAAAUUUGCGAAAAGUUUGGACGAAAUAUGCGAGGAACCACAACGAAAACACGCACGAAGCGUUUUAGGAUUGGACAGUUUAGUAAUCUCAUUAGAUAACGGUAUGAGAGAACAACAACAACAGGCGAGGAAUGCUCUAAGAAGAAAUCAAAGUUUCGAUCAUGCGAGAUAUCAUCGACCGGUUCUCGAUACAAGGACUUACGAUUUAAAGAAGGAUGAACACAGAAGGGAACAACAAAGUAUUCAUCAACGACAAAAUAGUCAAGUACUUGGAGAUGGUUACGAGACGUCCGAUGACGAAAGCUGCGAUUUAGAAAAUGGAGACUUCGACACUAUGAGCUCCUGCAGGAGCAGGAGUAGGAGUUGUUGCUCCGUUACAACGGUUGCUAAUGAUGACUUUGAGUACUUUCAACGUAAGGGAACCAAGGUGGAGCUAUUGCCCUCGAAGCGAAGCAGCGAGGUAAAGGUCAACAUGCGAUCUUUCACGCCGAGGAUCAUAGAGAACGAUACCAUCGAUCGGGACGAUAAAAGAGCCGACAAAACGAUCAACAACAAACCAAGUAUACAAUCGUAUCAUUUGAAGAAGAGAAUUGGACCAGGUUUUUCUAUGAACGAUCUUGAUAAAUUAACCACCGUCGAGAGGAAGUUUCCAAACUUGUCGAUGGAAAGCCUGAAGAGUAUCCUGAAGAAUACGGAUGUUAGUUAUUUGGAUAAUGGUGACAUCUGUAGGCACGAUAUCGGUGGCUCAGCACCGGACUUUAAAAAGAUCUUUGUCACAGAAUUUAUCUGAUUUGUAAUAAACAAAACUAUUGUUUUGAUAAAAGUUCUAAUGUCACGUAACUAAUUCAAUCGAUAUUUUUUCGUUCGAAAGUUCAUGCCCAGUUGAGAUUAUAUCUUGUGUGAGUUUCUUUUUUUGUCUCUUUUUUGUCUUUCUUUCUUGUUGUUUUUUUUUUCUAAUUUUUUUUCACGAACGUCAAAUAGAUAAAAUCUUUUGAAUUUAAUUUUUUCGAUCUAUGAUUUUGUUAAAAAAUAAAAGCUCAUAUACGAUUUAAUCGUUCAUUCAUCGUGACUAAUAGGAUUUAUUAUCUAUACGGUUGAAAAUGAUUCUCUCGAUGGCAAAAAGCCAACACACACACACAUAUAUAAUAUACAUACACAAGCGUGUACGUAUAUGAAAACUUUGUUUAUACGUUAUAUUCACAGUAUCACGUAAAUAUAUACGUGCGUUAUGUAAAAAUGUUGUAAAAUAUAUUUGAGUGAUUUCACGUCACGAAUUAUAGAACGACGUUGAAGUCCGAUAAUAUCGAAUCGAGUUCAUUUUGUAUAUAGCUUGUACAUUUUUAUUAAAUAUUAAUAUUUAACGUGAUAAAUAUGUGAAACGCGCUUAAUAAAAAGCGCGUUGGUGUUCAUUCGAUUACAUCGUCAAGCGAUAAUGUGUUUUUGUAAUAUAAUUGCGAAUAAAAUUUCUCUUAUUUGGGACUUAACACGAUUCUAUUUUACACAAGAGUGAAAAAAAUUGUCGAUAAACGCGAUAAGCUCCAUUGCGUUUAUUCGCGCUGUUUAGAAAGUAGAGCGAUUCAAAAUUAUAUAUGUAUAAAAAAGAAAA